AUGCCGUCAAAACUUACAGAAGACUACUUAGUAAAGAUCCUUGACCGAAAGUUAAAACCAUUCGAAGACAAAAUGGAAGGUCUCGUGAAGUCGGUCGAAUUUAUCAGUGCAAAAUAUGAUGAACUGCUGAUUAAACAUCAGUACAUUGAAGAGAUGAUUAAUGAGCUAGUAAAAGAAAAUAAAUUACUCAAAAAGCAAAUUUUUAACUUGCCGAAUCAAUCGGAGCAAAUGUGUGUAAAUUUCAAUGAACUAGAACAAUAUGAUCGCCAGAAUUGCCUCGAGAUACGAGGUAUUGCCGUUCAAGAAGGUGAAGAUACCGAUACCCUAGUAUGCUCUAUUGGUAAUUUAGUAAAUGUAAACAUCAAAGCUGAAGAUAUGUCGAUAAGCCACCGCUUCAAAAGCAAUCCAACAGCCAGAAUUUAUAUUGUUUCCGUAUUUUGGGGAAGUACUUUCCUCUAA